CAAUAUCUUCUUAGGAUGAAAUGUUAUGAUCUUGCAAAGUUCACUAUUUAUCAAGUAGCAGAAAUGAACAAAGGUCUCAUUGAGAUGAGUCCUAUACAGCAAGCACUCAUUUAUUCAUUUUGUGAAAACCAUGACAAGGCCAUUGAGGUGUUGGAUGGGGCCACUUUGAAUAAGCCUGAGAUCAACAUAAUUAUUCUAUUAGCAAAAACCCAAAUGAAGGCCAAGAGAACCAAGGAAGCUGUGAAGCUGUUUAAAAAGGCGUUGGAUAUCUGUUCUCAUUCUGAGAGAGGACCACAUGCCUUAGAGGCAACAGUGGACUGUCUGUAUAACUUGGGUCUUUGUUACAUGGAUGAAGGCAACUUCCAAAUGACUUAUAAGCUAGCGAUUGCAGAUUUAACUACUGCUAUCAACAUGGACAAAAACAGUUAUGUAGCAUUUUAUAACAGAGCAUUGUGUUACACCAAGAUAGGUGAACUUCAGAUGGCAUUAAUGGAUUAUGGAAUCGUGCUUCUUCUUGAUGCUGGAAAAACUGUGGCAUUCAAUACCUUAGUUAAUCGUGGACUCAUCUAUCUAGGACAAGGGCAUCACUGUUUCGCAUUAGAGGAUUUUAAGCAAGCUGCAUUGCUGAGCGAGACUAAUGUGAACCUUUGUCAAGCUACCGCCUUGUGCUAUCACAGAAACAAAGAGUUUGCAGAAGCUGUCACUUUCUUCACAUUGGCUCUUAGUAUUAAUCCCUGUUUUGUGGACGCUUACAUUGGACGGGGAAAUUCUUACAUGGAAUAUGGUCACGAUGAAGGUGUCAAAGAAGCACAGAAGGACUUUCUGAAAGCGCUGCAUUACAAUCCAACAUGCACAAAAGCCAGAAUUUCAUUAGGUUAUAAUUUGCAGGCCCAAGAAAAAUUCCAGAAAGCUUGGAACCACUUUACCAUUGCCAUAGAAGUUGAUCCAAAGAGCUACCUAGCCUAUGAAGGAAGAGCUGUGGUCUGUCUUCAGAUGGGUAAUAACUUUGCUGCAAUACAGGAUAUUAACAUUGCCAUUAAGAUCAAUAUUACAGCAGAAUUCUUAACAAAUCGUGGUGUGAUUCAUGAGUUUAUGGGCCAGCAACAAAAUGCAAUGAGAGACUAUCAAGCAGCAAUUUCUUUAAACCCUACAUACGCACUGGCUUACUUUAAUGCAGGAAAUAUCUACUUUCACCACAGGCAGUUUUCCCAGGCCAGUGACUACUUCUCAAAGGCUUUAAAGUUUGAUCCAGAAAAUGAAUGUGCUACCAUGAAUCGAGCUAUUGCAAAUACAAUAUUAAAGAAGUAUGAAGAAGCAAAAGAAGAUUUUGCAAAUGUAGUUGAAAGCUGUCCCUUUUGGGCUGCCGUGUUUUUUAACAGAGCACAGUUCUAUUGUUGUUUAAAGCAAUAUGAAUUAGCUGAGGAAGACCUCAGUAAAGCUCUGUCUUUGAACCCUAAUGAUGCCCUGGUAUAUAAUCUGAGAGCAGAAGUUCGUGGUAAAAUGGGUGCGAUUGAGGAAGCUAUGGCUGACUAUAACCAAGCACUUGAUCUUCAAGAAUUUGCCAAGUGAUAUGAUUAUAGAGACUGGUUUCUGUAGCAGUUUACACAGCUGUUAAACCAGAAAUUGAAAUGUAUUUGUUAUUUAAAACAAAGUUGCACUAUCUUCAUUAUUGUAUUCAUUAUGUUUCGUCUUCUCUAUAACCCUUUUAUGCAUUUUAACAACACAUUUAUGCUAUAUAUUAAUUUUAAAACAUUU